AUGUCCUUCCUGCCUGAGUUUGGGAUCUUCACCAUGGGCAUGUGGUCUUUUGGUCUAGGAGCCAUCGGUGCAGCUGUGACAGGGAUUGUCCUUGCUAACACUGACUUAUUUUUGUCCAAGCCAGAAAAGGCUACGCUGGAGUUUUUACAGGAGAUAGAGCUAAAAAGUUUAGGAACAGAACAAAGAACAUUCAAAGCAGAUGAACUCUGGAAGAAGAACGGUGCAGUUAUCAUGGCUGUGCGAAGACCUGGAUGAUUUUUGUGCAGAGAGGAGGCUUCUGAGCUCUCCUCUCUGCAACCUCAGCUGUCCAAGCUGGGUGUCCCUCUCUAUGCUGUUGUGAAAGAGAAGAUAGGGACCGAAGUGGAGGAUUUUCAGCAUUAUUUCAAAGGAGAAAUCUUUCUGGAUGAAAAGAAAGGCUUCUAUGGUCCACGCAGACGAAAAAUGAUGCUGUCAGGCUUGUUCCGCCUUGGGGUCUGGCAGAAUUUCUUCCGUGCUUGGAAAAGUGGAUAUAGUGGUAACCUGGAAGGAGAAGGAUUCACCCUGGGAGGAGUAUAUGUGAUUGGGGCAGAAAGACAGGGUGUUUUACUGGAGCACCGGGAGAAAGAAUUUGGAGACAAAGUCAGCCUUCCAUCUGUCCUUGAAGCUGCGGAGAAGAUAAAACCACAAGCCUCCUAA